AUGAAUUGGAAAAAGAAGCCCAAGCCAGCAGAUUUGACUCCAAUGUUAGUGAAACAAACCCGAAAUAGUAUGGAUGUGGAAGUGAAUCUUAGACUAGGCUCUGUAAUGGAUUUCCUUCAUGCUUUACUUGUAGUAGCAGUUGCAGGGCUUCUAGGGAUGGUUUUAUUAUGUAAGGUAUGGAGAAUUCAGGUGAGAAAGGGAAGGUCAGCACCAAAACCAUAUGGGGCAUGGCCAUUUAGAGGCCACCUUCAUGUAUUAUGCGACCAAACCCCAAUUUUCCGAACCCUUGGAGGCAUGGCUGAUAAGUUUGGUCACGUGUUCAUGAUCCGACUUGGAGUGCACUGCAUGCUAGUGGUGACUGACCAUGAAGCUGUUAAAGAAUGUUUCACUAUCAACUACAAGGUCUUUACGUCUUGCCCAAGUUUUAGCUUUGGAAAGCUCUUGGGUUACAACUAUGCGGCGUUUGGUUUUGUACCUUAUGGACCUCUUUGGCGUGAGAUAUGCAAGCUUUUAAAGAUGGAAAUUCUUAUCGCCCGACGUCUUGAUGCUUUGAAGCAUGUGUAG